GAGGAGGAAAGCGACGAGGAGGAAAACGACGAGAAGGAAAACGACGAGGUGAAUGUGUUUGACAUCUUCAAAGUUCCUGAUAUAGGUGAGGAUGUUAUGACGAUAGUAGAGGGAAGUCCAGGAAUCGGUAAAACCACGUUUUGCCUCAAACUUGCUUAUGACUGGGCGCAUGGAAAUAUCCCAUCGGAGUGCUCCUUUCCCAAGUUCGAAUUUGUGUUUCUUCUCAAAUGUCGUGACAUUAAUGGAGAUAUAAUGGAAGCUAUCAGUGAACAACUUUUGCCCAAGGAUAUGGAUAUGGAGAAGUCUGUGGAGAAGCUUUUGCACUUCAUGAAGGACAUUCAUAAACAGGAGAGACUGAUGUUAAUCAUUUUGGAUGGAUUGGAUGAGCUACCUGAACAAUCGCGGCACCAUGUAGAUGAGCUACUUCAUAGAAGAAUUUUACCGUUUUGCUUUGUCUUGGCUACUACACGACAAGAAAGAGGAAUCGAAGUACGGAAAAGCGUUGUCUUUGACAUUCACUUAGAAAUCAAAGGGUACACGGAAAGUGACUCUAUUGCUUACAUCAGAAGACACUUUGAAACCAUUAAACAAUCAGCAAAGGGGGAGAAGCUUAUUGAAGAAAUGCAACAGAACACCUUUUUACAUGCACUUCGAAGUAACCCGUUAAAUUUACUUCUCCUUUGUGUUGUUUAUGAGGACUACAAGGGAAAAUUGCCGACUUCCCGGACGGAACUUUACCAAGUCAUUGUGCGAUGUCUUUUAAGACGCUACUGCGGCAAACGCAACUUGCCGGCCCCUAAAGAUGACAGUGUCCUAGAGAAAACGUUUGAAAUGGAGAUUCUUGCACUCGGAGAGCUAGCUUGGUUAUGCCUGCUGAGUGAUCGUUAUGGUUUCUUCGAAACUGAAUUAGAUGAGUUUGAAAGGAAAUACCCCGGACUGAAAGCUCGUGAGCUAGACCUUCUUUACAUGGAAGAAAGUCUAAAGAGGCUAAAUCCUCAACAUGAGUACUGCUUUCUUCACAAGACCUUCCAAGAGUACGUGGCUGCCGCGUAUAUUGCACAGAAGCUACGAAACCAAAAGUGCAAUUUAUUUAAGCACAUCAACAUAAGCUUUAAUGACAUUGUAACGAAAUAUCGACAAGUGUUUAUUUUUGUUUCUGGUAUGCUGGGCGAGAAAGCUACAGUUCUGUUCACCGAGAUUGGAGAGGAGUUAAAGAAGUCAUACGACUGGAAUUGGAACAAGCGUUGCAAUGAGAAGACUGCUACUUUCUUUAUUGAAAGCUUUAAUGAGACUGGACAUGCAGAACAAAUGGCAGUUACUCUUUGUAACAUUAUACCUUUUCCAAAGGUCAUCACUUCCGAGCUAAUAGACAAUUACAAUGCGUCUUUUUUUCAGGUUUUAGUGGCUUGCAGAAGCUUUUCAAAUUUAAGGACACCUGUUGAACUCUAUGCUUAUAUUGGCUUGAAGGGAAGUGCAAUUGACAUAAUAGAUUAUAUGGAAUCCUACCCGCAGCUGACAAUCGUAAGUUUUCGUGUUCAUGAUCUGGGAUCUUUGACGUCAUCUGAUGCAGAUCGUCUUUGCAAAUGGUUUUCUGCAAGCAAGAGCUUAUCAGAGUUUACUCUUAAAUACGUAUCUCAUGUAUAUCUUGAAAAAUAUGAGCUGCUGGUUCAAAUUGGCCGUGGGUUGGCUUCAUGUCGAACUCUGACAAAAGUAACGUUUGCUUUGCCUGGAUAUGCUUAUAACGAGAGUUUCUUCAAUGCGUUCGAAACUGGAUUGACAACGCUGACGUCUGUUAAUCUCGUGCUAUGGGGCUCAAUGAAGUACACUGCGACACGAGGCUUACAACAUUUUUUGUCAAAUAAAUCCUUCAAUUCUCUUUCUCUUUGUCCUGUUGGAUGUGUGCUGGAUUUGUUAGUCGCUGCUGUCAGUCAAGCACUUGCAAGACAAACAGUUUUAAAAUCUCUGGAUCUACAUCUUGAUGGACCGCUGAGUUCCUCUAGUGCCAGUUUCCUGGAAAAAGGGCUUAUGGAAAAUAGUUCUUUAAAUUAUUUAAGACUGCAUGUCCACGGUGAGCUCCCUGGUAACUGGUAUUCUGUUGUGGAAAAUGUUCGCGUGGCGAAAAAGUCCCCAGUUUGCUGUUCUUUUUAUCCAAAUACCUUUAACAACGUAGCAAAUAAUAAUUUUCGUCCUGUUCUGGUUAGGAAAGGGUUAAAUGUAAAGCAACACUUAACUGUUAACGUCUGGGGUGAGAUGAAAUGCGAAGCGGCAGAAGCUCUUUGUGAAGUCUUGGCACCUUCCUCCAUUACUGUUCUCACCUUAAACAUGCGUGGAAAUUUGACAAGUGAAGUUUCUAAUUCCAUUGCAAGAUGUCUGGAAGAAAACAAGACGCUAUCUUCCCUGUCCAUCAAUAUAUGGGGCGAGUUGAUAACAGACGGAGGUAAUGUUCCUUCCAGCCUUUCAAAAAACAGUCGCGUUCAGUUAAAUGUACAUGAUGUGCGUACAGGCCCAGAUGAGUCGAACGAUGUUCUUGUUACCACUACCGAUAUUCCUGCGGCAUUGACAGUCUUUUUUACUAACGUCAAGGAGAGAAGAAAACAAAACGUCCGUCUUACAAUCAAUAACGAUAGUAAUGUUACCAAGGAGUGGACACGUUAUCUAGGUGAUGCUUUGGCAGAAAAUCCAUCUCUGACCACGCUUGAUCUUACAGUCAACAGCUGCGUCGUGGAUGCAGAUUUGGGAGAAAACCUCGGGAACAGUUUAUUGCAAAGCAGUUCUUUAACAUCUCUUAGUCUCACAUUCAACUUCAGUAACAUGAAAGAAGGAUGGGAAUGCAAACUGGGUGAGCGUUUGAUCAAAAUGGCAUCUUUAACUACACUCAGUCUUGAAAUAAACGGCGAGGACGAGUGGAAUCAGAAGGAUUGGUUGAGUCCUACACUCAGCAGCCUUGACUAUGUUGAGGAGAAUCAGGAGAAUUGUUUGAAUCCGACUAAACUGAGUAACGUGCUAGUGGCCAUCAAAUCAUUAUCUACCCUUUCUGUUGCAAUCCAUAGUGAUAGCAUGUGUUCAUUUUGGGAUAAGGUUGUAGGUGACUGUUUGAUAAAAUGUACGUCACUUAAAAAACUUAGUCUCACAUUUAACAUGGGUAAAGCAGACAUUUAUGACUGUCUUAGUGACCUUUCUUACGGCUUGAUGUCAACAAGGUCAUUAAAUACAUUAUGUGUCGCAAUUUUUAUUAACGACCUUAAUGAUACGGGUUUUUCAAGUGCGUUGAAUAGUCUUACACGAGGUCUGUCAUUAAACUCGUCAGUAACUACAGUGACAUUAACAAUAACUGUGGCAGCAUAUCAAACAGAUUAUAUUGGUUUGCCGGUCACGUUGGAUUAUGCACUGUCAAUGAACACGUCAAUAACUACGUUAAAUGUCACAAUAAAUGAGUGUGGUGAUGGAGAAUCGGAUAUACCCUUGUUUCUGCACACCUUUGGAGUGUUUAGAAGUUUGAAAGAUAACACAUCAGUAACCACAUUCAAUCUGACGCUCAACAGUAGCAAAGAAGUGAGUGAUUACUGGUUAACAGGCCUUUCCAGCGUCUUGAUGGCAAACACCACAUUAACUACUCUGAGAUUAAAAGUGUACAACCAUUGUGCUACCGGUGAAAGUCGUUUAUAUGACUUUAGCAAAAUUUUAAUAGAAAGCAGAUCAUUAUCCUUACUUGAACUCGAUGUAAGUUUCUAUGGAAAAGAGAGUGGGUGCCAGAAGGUUUUAAUUCAUUAG